AAGAGGAAAGUCUGCAAAGGAUCGUUGGUCAAAAACAAGCUAAGUUAGUUAGCAACGAAAGGUGGAUAUUAUGCACCACGUCAAGAUCAAAACUGAAAGACCAGAUUUAGAGGGGGCUGGUGCACGAAGCAGAUUGGAUGCUGUGUUAAAGGGACUGGUAGAGAGGAGUGAAAAUGAAAGGGAGCAAAAUGAGGGCGAUUCUGGAAAACUAUCAGCAGACUCCUUAAAUAAGGAUUUGUCUCCAUUGUCUGCUGGAAAAAGGCCGUCAGCUCGAUUUCCACAGCACCGUCGGAAGAAGCGCAAAGAGAUGGAUGAGGGCAUACCAGAGAGCAAUCAGCACAAACAAAAUGCUUACAUCAUUAAGUUGUUUGAUCGCAGUGUGGAUCUGGCUCAGUUCAACACCAGCACCCCACUUUAUCCUAUCUGUCGUUCCUGGAUGAGAAACAAUCCUUCUGUCCGUGUGCUGCCUGCUUCCCCAAGCCCCCCUCACAGUAUGGUAGAGGAAGAGCUUACCGAUAUGAUCAAUGGUAAAGGUCAGAUUGUGUACAGACUCCCUCCUCCAACCUCCUGUCCAGUCAGCACUUCUGGUGAACCCAUCAAUCUCCGGAUCCCACAGACUGAAAAACCCACUGUUACCAAGUUAACAGAUUCAGUUCCUGUAUCCGGUUCUCUCAUAUGUGACCACAUGGAACGUUGGAAAAAGAUAAGACAAAAAUGGAAGGAGUGCUCUAACAAGAACCAGUUAAGAUACAGCGAGAGUAUCAAGGUCCUUAAGGAGAUGAAGGAGCUGUAUGAUCGCUAACUGGCUUGUACGGUAGCAUUAGCAUAGCAGUCGAUGUUUGAACACACCUGCCGUCUACAAUCUGAUCCCAAGGAAAGCACGAACACAACCUGGAGCCUUAAAUAGACCAUAUGUCCUAUGCAUUGCAGAAAAAAAUAUUUUAAAGGAUGUUUGUUUGUUGCAAUUUCUUGUGUUCUAGUGUGAUGUGUUCUUAUUCAUAAACAUUCUGUGAAGAUGUCUAAAUAAAUGAACUGGCUCUUCAGUUUUCCAAAUACACUCUGACUUGUGCGUCCUCAUCCUUAAGACGACUUAUUAAAGUCCAUUGUAGUCUCUUA